AUGGUAUCGCUUGGCCCCUUCGGGAAGGUUUCGUCGACAGAAAGAUGUGCUCUGAGGAUAAAGUUUGACUUGCCAUCUCCGCUCGCAAAAACUUCAGUGGAGAUUUUUCUUUUAGGGGAGAGAGACACAAGUCACCAGACCCGUUCUGUGUCCAGCCGACCCUAUUACAGUUUGCCCAACAGCAGCCAUGAGAGACGCUCUGUCCUUGCUAUCACAGAGCCGCCACGUUUCCACUCCCAAGCCAAAGGCAAGAAUGUCCGUCUGGAUGCUCACUCUCGCAAGGCCACUCGCAGGAACAGUUUCUGUAACGGGGUCACCUUCACCAACCGGCCCAUCCACCUCUACGAGAAAGUGAGGCUCAAGCUGGUGGCUGUGCACCAUGGAUGGAGUGGUGCCCUACGCUUUGGCUUCACUAUCCAUGACCCAUCGCAGAUGAGCUCUGACGACAUACCAAAGUACGCCUGUCCGGACCUGGUGACCCGACCUGGAUACUGGGCCAAAGCUUUGCCAGAGAGGUUUGCUGUCAGAGACAAUAUCUUGGCCUUCUGGGUUGACCGUCAUGGGAGAGUCUUCUACAGUAUUAAUGACGAGGAGCCAAUAUUGUUUCACUGUGGUAUUAAAGUUUCCAGUCCUCUCUGGGCGCUCAUAGAUGUCUACGGAAUUACCCAUGAAGUGCAAAUACUAGAUAGCAUGUUUGCAGAGACCAUGACCACUGCCCGUCUCAGCUCUGCACGACUCAGCACUUGCCUUCCCCAGAGCAACCAUGAUUCAGCCAACUUCAAUAACAAUGAACUGGAGAAUAACCAAGUGGUGGCCAAAAUUGCUAACCUAAAUUUGAGUCGGGUACCAGGACUUCCGACAGACAACCACAUCAUCCCCUGUUGCCCAAACAGACGGCAGCGUGCCCAGGGGGUUCCGGCCUUCCUGGAUACAGAUCUGCGAUUCCACCCCACCCGCGGACCUGACGUUACCUUUUCUCAGGACCGGAUGGUUGCAUGCACCAAUUGGCAAGAAAGCAAUAGGACUUUGAUGUUUUCUGACCGGCCUUUGCACGUUGGUGAAAGCCUCUUUGUGGAAGUAGGACAUCUUGGGUUGCCAUAUUAUGGGGCCCUUUCAUUUGGCAUCACUUCUUGUGAUCCAAGUACUUUACGGACAAAUGAACUCCCAGCAGAUCCAGACUUUCUUUUGGACCGCAAGGAGUACUGGGUGGUUUACCGAGCUUUCCCUGUCCUCAACAGUGGCGACAUUCUCAGUUUCAUGGUCUUGCCGAAUGGAGAGGUGCACCACGGGGUGAAUGGAGCCAGCCGAGGAAUGCUAAUGUGUGUGGACACCUCACAGUCUCUCUGGGUGUUUUUUACGAUCCAUGGUGUAAUCAACCAGCUCAAAAUAUUGGGCACUGUGCAGUCCAGCCCAGUGACCGUCUCUCCCUCAGGAUCCCCCGGCGGCUCACAGUAUGACAGCGACUCAGAUAUGGCCUUCAGUGUGAACAGGUCAUCGUCUGCUUCAGAGUCAUCGCUCGUGACUGCUCCCAGCUCCCCGCUGAGUCCUCCCAUCUCUCCUGUCUUCCCUCCUCCGGAGCCAUCAAGCAGCAAGAACGGGGAGUGCACCGUCUGCUUUGACAGCGAGGUGGACACAGUGAUCUACACCUGCGGACACAUGUGCCUCUGCAACACCUGUGGUCUUAAGCUGAAGAAACAACUCAAUGCCUGCUGCCCAAUCUGCCGACGGGUCAUCAAAGAUGUUAUUAAAAUAUACCGUCCUUAGUGCCCGGCUUGGGCUGUAGGAGGGGAGAACUCCGCUAGCAGUAACCAUGCCUUUCCGUCCCUGCUUAUGGGUUAUCGUGCUGGUCAGUUGUUAUCAAGUGGCUCGUUAUCUGUGUUUCCUUAUUUGACUGGUAGGGCACAAUUCAGGGAUAAAAUUGAGCUGAGGAUCUAAUGGGGCCCAAGGCCUAGGCUGCCAUACAAGCCAGGCUUUGAAAAGUCGCGUGCCCGCAGAUGAAGUCAGUGAAUCACUUUAUGGACGCAGCCCAGCUGCAAAUGAGAAAUUUCCUGUGCAAAGGCUCCUUUUUUCCCCUGAGGAGAAGGCUAGCUGUGGUGCAGACCAGGACGGGGAGGUUGCCUUUACUUCAGUGCCAGGUGCCACCGGAGUUCCCAGCCCCCAAACCCAAACACCUCUGAGGUGCCGCUGCCUGCCUGCAGUAGCGCCUGGCGCCCUGUUGUGAUAGAACAAAAUCUCGUCUUUGGACAAGACACAGUUGGAAGUGUUCAGAGUGGGCAGAAGUGAUCUGGAAAUGUUACAUUCAUCUUCUUGUUUGUAACUGGGGAACAAGUUCAGGCCAAAACAGUAGCACAGCAAGAUUUGCGCUUGUUUGGGUUUUGGCCUCCUGAACCGGCUGUUGGGGCACAUGGAGAAGCUGGUUUGAACUUAGAUGAAGCAGCUUUUGGGGUUUUUUUUGGCAGAGAAGGAAUUUUUUGGACAGGGAGGCUGAGCGAGACCUAGGGAGCAGCCACUGGGGCUAGAAGCUAUGAACAUGAGCCCUUUUACAACCCCCAGACAAUCAGAAUAGCUGUAGCAACAAUGACUGAGUAGCGGUCAGUAGUGAUGGGUUGUUUAACGCAUCUCCGGUAUGGCUGG